AUGUCUGGAGCAAUUUUUGCACCUCUGGAGGGCCUGGGUGCCCUGGAUGCUGUCAGUGGCUAUCCACUGUGUUGGCCAUCCACUGUGUGUCCGCUGUGCCACACACAGUACAAGCGUCCGGACUGUUUCCACGACUUCUGUGCUGGCUGCCUACACAGCCUGGCCGCCAAUGGCUGCCUGUCCUGUCCGCUGUGCCAGCCCCAGACCGUGGGGAAGGGCCCCAGCAGCCUCCCGCCCAUUGACAGGCUGCUGCAGCUCCUGGUGGACAGCUCUGCAGAUGGUUGUGCGGCUGUGCACUGCGCCAACUGUGACCUGGAGCGCAGCAAGCAGGACGCAGAGACCACGUACUUCUGCAACACCUGCGGGCAGCGUCUGUGCACGCACUGCGAAGAGACGCACCGCGCGCUCAUAUUCGCGAGCCCCAACACUGUAGCCUUGGGCCCGCGCAGCCGAGAUGUGAUCCAGAAGAGUGCGCUGCAUUCGGAGCCAUACCUCAUGUUUUCCACCGACAAGAAGUUCCUGCUGCGCAUCCGCUGCUUUCGGGACAUGCAGGGGGAGAGCGGAGCCCACUGUGUGGACCUGGAGUCAGCUUAUGAGCAAGGCUGGAGCAGACGACCCUGCUGUACCCAGGCAGUGAAGGCCCUGCAGACAGCCACGAAGGAGGCCAUCACGCCGCUGCAGGCCAUGGUGGAGGAGGUGAGGCGCAGUGCAGCUGAGGAGGCAGCCAUCCACGCCCUUUUUGGCAGCAUGCAGGGCAGACUGGCAGAGAGGAACACACUGCUACUGCAGAUGGCACAGAGGUGAUACAAAGAGAAGGGCAAAGCCUUUAAGGAACAGUUUGUCCACCUGGCCUCCUUGCUGCCCACUCUGCAGGCUCACUUGGUCAUCUGCUCUCCCUUCCUCAGCUUGGCCAGCAAAGCCGAGUUUCGGGAUCUGGGUUAUGAGCUGAUAGAGAGAUUGCCAGGCAUCGUCACGCGGCCGCACCGCCUAUGACCCACUCAGAGCAGCAAGAUCGCCAGCGACCACCGCACAGAAUUCGCGCGCUGUCUGGAGCCGCCGCUGCUGCUGGGGCCCCGCCGCGCUGUGCCCACCUUAGGCGGCGCCAACACGUUGGAAGGGGGCUGAAGACACCAGCUUUCCCCAAUGGGAAAGACGUCAGCGUCACCUGUCCAGAAACCGGUUCUUAGCUCGAAGGUGCUUCUGGCCGAGGGCGAGGAUACACCCUUCACAGAGCACUGCCGCCAAAACGAGAAUUCCUAUAGGGGUCUGCAGGUGGGGGUGCAGAGCCUGGAGGACCAGGUGCAGGAGCUGCGCCGAGACCUCCCUAAGCACCUCGCACUCAUCAAGGCGGGGAUCAUGGCGGAUCUGCACAGGUGCCUGCUGUUGGACGCACAGAUCGCUUCCGAGUACGCCUCCAUGGAAGGCAUGAGAGCAGGGUUCCAGGAGCUCCAUGCAGACCUUCUCCAGCGGAAGCAGGAGCAUGCCUACCUAACCACCAUCACCAAGCAGAUCAUACCCUACAUCCGCUCCAUUGCCAGGGUGAAGCCCAAGUGGAGCCCAGGGAGCAUCAUUGAGAAGAGACAAAAGGCGCCUGAGCCCAGUGGAAGGAGCUGGGCCCUGAGCAGCCUCCCAGAAGGACCUUCACUAAAGAACCAAGGCCACCUCACACCCAAGUAGGAAGCCGGAGAUGACAGAUGA